GUUACCCAAAGGAACAUCAAGGCCGCUGCUGAUGAAACAACUAAAUAUUCCUCGUAAAUCCACGAUCUGUUAUUGUUUUGAUUCGGAUCUUACAUCACAGGACACCUAACUAUCCCAGUAUCUAACCAGGACCUCGAGAUCUCGUCAAGAGGAUUGCGUGGAGAGGAAAACAAAAAACACUCAAGAUCGCUUCAAAAAUUUUAACACUAAAAAGAUUUGUUCUCAUUUUUUGCUCCUUUUGUGCAGUUUUUCUCCAUAUUUCUCUACGAUAUCCAUUCCGAUCUUGCUUUCUGUUCUAUGGAAAGGGUUUUUACUGAGGAAUAAAUAGCAAGAAUGAGUGCCGCAGCAGAAUCCAUCAACGUGCAAGAAAAACUCUCCUCUGGAGUGCUACCAGAAAAGAAUGAACUCAAUCACUUACAAAAUGGAGCUUCCAAUCUCUUUGCUCCUGAUUCUGACCAAGGAAUAUUUUAUGAUGAAGAAACUAAUGGUGUUAAUGAUCUUCACGAUCCAAGGUUGGCACUUGUUUCUCCAGAUGAAAUACAGUUUGAUCAGUUGUUAAAGAAACUAAAUCAAAGACUAGACAAUGGACAUGGAGAGACAAUCUUUGAAGUCGGAGCAGGAGAUGGAACAAGCAGUGGUCUUAAUAAAGAGGAUUACGAAGCAUCUGUAGCAACACUCAAGACUCUUGCACAGUGCUGCAAUGCUGAUAUGGUCCUACUAAGAGAGAAAAAUGCUGAACAAGGAAAAGUGGGAGAGUUUUUAAUAAGGAAAAAAUUGGAAGAGAAUGACUUUAUGGAAGUCAGAGUGGCAGUGGUUGGCAAUGUUGAUGCAGGAAAGAGUACRUUACUGGGUGUACUAACCCAUGGUGAAUUAGACAAUGGGCGUGGCAUGGCUCGGCAGAGGUUAUUCCGUCACAAACAUGAAAUGGAAUCAGGAAGAACCAGUAGUGUUGGGAAYGAUAUUYUAGGCUUCGAUGGAGAGGGAAAMGUUAUGAAUAARCCAGAAGUACAUGGAGGUGGACAAGAUUGGUUAAGAAUCUGUAAGAAAUCUUCAAAGGUUAUAACAUUUAUUGAUCUUGCUGGUCAUGAGAAGUACYUAAAAACAACAAUAUUCGGCAUGACUGGUCAUGUACCAGAUUUUGCAAUGCUUAUGGUUGGGUCCAAUGCUGGAAUCAUUGGAAUGACUAAAGAACAUCUCGGUCUUGCUUUAGCUCUAAACGUACCAGUAUUCGUUGUUGUGACCAAAAUAGACAUGUGUCCACCAAAUGUGCUACAAGAAACAAUGAAACUCUUGUCAAGAAUUCUAAAAUCCCCUGGUUGUCGUAAGAUACCCGUUAUAGUGCAAAACAGCGAUGAUGUGGUUGUAUCAGCAACGAAUUUCAUGUCAGAAAARGUUUGUCCUAUCUUCCAAGUUUCAAACGUCACAGGAGAAAAUCUUGACUUGUUGAAGAUGUUUAUGAAYCUGCUGAGCGUCAGAACAGAAAGUCGUGACGAAGAGCCAGCAGAAUUCCAGAUAGAUGAUACCUACUCUGUUCCAGGCGUAGGGACCGUGAUAUCAGGGACAUGUAUGCAAGGGAUCAUCCGGUUGAACGACACAAUGCUCCUAGGCCCAGACCCUCUUGGUCAGUUUCAACCUAUUGCUAUCAGGAGCAUCCACAGAAAACGAAUGCCAGUGAAAGAGGUCCGCGGAGGGCAGACGGCUUCGUUCUCUUUGAAAAAGAUCAAGCGAUCGCAGAUUCGCAAGGGCAUGGUGAUGGUCGAUAARCGGCUCAAACCUCAGUCGUGUUGGGAGUUUCAGGCAGAGGUGCUGGUUCUUCACCAUCCAACUACAAUCAGCUGUAAAUACCAAGCAAUGAUUCACUGUGGCAGUCUACGUCAAACGGCAACCAUCAUCAGGAUGAGCCAACCUCAUUUGCGAACCGGCGACAAAGCGACAGUAACAUUCCGUUUCAUCAAACACCCAGAAUACCUAAAGCUAAACACCCGAAUGAUUUUUAGAGAAGGAAGAACAAAAGCUGUUGGGACCAUACUUAGAACAGACCCUGACGCACACCCACCCCCACAGGUCGCUGGAAAAAUUAAGCACCGGGGGACUGGGAGAGCUCAUACUCAUGGUUCACGUGAUAGAGGGAAAGAAGAAGUCAGCGGUACGACUCAUACGAAGCAUGCGUCUACAACCACAAGUUAGCAUAAAAAUACAGGGGAACGUACUUGAGUGGAAUAAGUUAUAUACGUUAACACCCCUAGAACGCAAAAACUGUUGAGUUAGAAACGAAGUAGGAAAGGUUGAAAGUUUCUCAUUCGGAUAAGAUCGACUUGGCUUAAGUAGUUAUCACGCAAUGGAGAACUUAUAAGUAUAUGACAUCGUAAAGUAUUAUUGAAGGAUUUUUAACAUCAAGAACAUGAUAUCUCGCACGCAAGKUAUUAUGCUGAAAGCUGAAUGUGCGUUUUUAAACGAAAGUUGUUUUAUUGAAUGUAUGAUAGAGAAGAGAGAAGAAACAGGAGAAACCAAGAAAAAUGAAAUAAAUGAUAGUACUAAACUGCA